GUAUGAAUUGUAAUAUAUCGAAAAUGGUCUACUGACUGCUCAUAUACUGCAGAUAUCCUUUAGAUAUACCUUGUGUAGUAAGUACCGUCACAAUUAUGUAUAUACACUGCCAAUAGACGUCACGCUCUUACGUUUUCUUGUAACAGUUGGCUGAUCGAGAUAAACGCUUCACCAUCUCUCACUGCCAGCAGUCAGUCUGAUUACGAGCUUAAGUGUCGUCUGUUGGAGGAUAUGUUGCAUAUCAUAGACAUGGAAAACAGGUGAAGAAAUUAUAUCGCAUAUUUUUAUCAUCAUAUUGUCUUUGCACGUAAGAUAAGACGGGGUGUAAAGUGAGAUAUUACACAGGAAAAACGCGAAAAAAUAUAACGCCUGUUAUUCAGGCUACAGCAGUUUUUACAAGGAAACCUGAAACAACGUGGGCAAAUUGUGAUAGUGCUUGACGGGAGCCUAGUUUAAUUCCAACUUCGCACCCAGGAUAUUUCUGCUUUUCGCCCCCUCGAUCCAGGCUCCACUGAGCGUAAAGAAGAGAGAUCCUGAAAACGAGGUUGGUUUUAGUCCCUCUCUGAACACCAACUGUGGUUUUUUCCUGGUAGUCACCAGUUCAACUCUUUUGGUUUUUGGAGUGCCUAGCCGGAGUAACUAAUAACACUUCCGCUCUUGACAUCUUUCGGGUUGUGAAUGAGAUUUGCUCGGUGUUGUUUCGAGUUGCAUGAUGGGAUUGUUUUGGGGGACAUCGCUUUUUGAUUGGCUAUUACGAGGUAGAGCGGAAAACUGGGUCCAAAUUUGUUCGAUUUUUAUUUCAUGUCUUUGUAAACUGUAAACAUUCCUUAGUUAGUUUUAACCUUAAUUUCAUUUUGCACGCACUGACUGGCCUCGAAUAGCCUUGCUAGCUGCGGGCAUUGCUUGUGUAAUAUUAUCUGUUUAUUGCCAACUAGCAGCCUCGCGAAGACGCGAGGCUGCGCAGCGGCAGCCUAAUAAAACCGUGCGCGACAGUUCCAAGGCAGAGUGAAUCUUGAAGCGAUGUAACAUAAGGUAGUGUAAGGUAACUUUUAUGACGUAAUGCAGAAUAGAGAAUGCAUUGUUUUCGAACGAACACGUGAUACAGAACAGAGAAUCCAUCUGCCGUGUGCUUGUUUGUGAGUCCCGUGCUCAUCCCGUCUUUAACCAAUCGUCGGGUGGAUUCACUUGCAACAUACGCGUAUAGCUGUCGCAUUUGCCUGGUGGAAUGUUUUAUUGUUACGGUAAUUCAUGACAUUUCUAAACAAAUUAAGCAGCGCGCUAUUACUAGUUAAUAAAUUAAGUUUGUUGUUUGUUUUGGUUUUGUUGUUUCUCCCCAAAACAGUCCCAUGGUGCAAUUUGGCACAUCGCUGAGUGAGUGACCUAGUCCCAAACGCAACAAUUGGUUUCAAAAUGAAACUUAAGUAUUGAAAUUCUAUUUCAUUCAAUUACUUUCCUUCGCUCUGCAAAGUAAUCCUGAUACUACUUGUUACAUAGACAUUUCAAUUUGCCGAGAUCAUAAACAAAAGUUGUUGACAUUAAACUUUAGAAAGUUUUCUGAUUUUAUUUAUCACAAAAUAAUCUAAAGGAAAACAAUAGUUCUUAUGGUAACUUCAUGUCUUAAUGAUUUACUUUCAUUGUGUAUUGCAAGACUAACUGGGCGGGAGAAGCGUGUUGGAGGUUUUGACUUAAUGUGGAAUGAUGGACCAGUGUACAUGGAUGAUGCCAGUGGAGCGGACUGUAUACCAAAUCCUUCUUAUCCGACCAAUACGUUCUUCGGUAGGUCGUUGUAUCAAUAUCAUCCAUAGUUACGGUCAGUAAGUUUUUGUUUUGCUUAUUGACACAGUUUACAAUUUUCUUGCCUGAAAUAAACGCAGCCCAUGGGGAAACUAAUGCGGGACAGCACACCUUGCAACGCCAAGCAACUUCAACUUUAUUUCCUUGUUUCUUUUUUUUCCUUGUUUUCUUUCACAAAUGUUUUCAUACACGAUAUGUAUUCCUACCCCGAUUGCAAGGAGACAAGCGAAGGGAAACGAAACGCGAAAGAGAAUUCCCUUCAGCAGUCCAAUCAAGGAUCAUGUUCGUAUUAAAUCUUUAUUUCUUUACAGGGUGCGAUAAUAGCGAUCGUGACAAGCAGUUAAAGCAGGUCUUCAAGAAUGCUCAGUCAGUGAAGAAAACAUGAGCAAUGCAGACA